UAACCGUCACUAAACUAAAAUCUUUCCUGGGUUUAUGUUGUGACAGCCAGGGGUGGGCUCAUUAAACAGACGCGUUCCUUUUUGUAGUUUUUUACCAACCAAAUUAGAUGUGAUUGAUUUGAAUAUUAAAUAUUGAUCAAUUCAACAUGGAUAAUUAGCUGAACUUGGUUUCUGCAGUUUUCCGAACUAAUAAGUUGUGAGUUCCACUGGCACAUCACUUAACUCACGUCGCGCACCUGACACGCGCACUUCUUCCAGUGAUCAACCGACGAUCUAAUUUACUAAUUAUCAACAUGCACCGUUUCAUUUAUAUUUCGGUCAUAAUUUGUAUGUCAUCUGCAGUUAUUUGCCUGUCAGAGUCUCCGUCUGGAGAGGUGAUCGGGGUGUCCAACGCCAGCGUGCUCCUUCUGCACCCCCCCUCUAACAGCCUCUACCUGGGGGCCAGAGACUCCAUCCUGGUUCUAGACCCGUCUAACCUCACUCAUAAAGGGCCUGUGAUUGAAUGGAAGGUGUCAGAUAAGGACAAGCAGGACUGCAUGAAUAAAGGGAAAUCAGAGGAUGAGUGUCAUAACUACAUUUGCCUGCUGGAGUCACUGGGGGACGGCAGCAUCUACGUCUGCGGCUCGUACGCCUACAACCCACAAUGUGCUUUUAUAGUGGACUCCACACUGAGGAAGGGGGAAGGAGGAGACGUGGAGAAAGAGGGGAAAAAAGGGAUUUGUCCCUACGAGCCAGGAAAACCUCACACUGCUGUGAAAGCAGAUGGUAUCCUGUACUCGGCCUCCUCCACUAACUUCCGGGGAACAGAGUUUGAUGUUGCCAGGGUUACAGGACCAGAGAAGAAGCAGUUGCGCAUCCAGUCCACCUGGUUAACUGACCCAGAGUUUGUGAGUUCUGCUGUGCUGGGGGCGGAGCCAAAACAGAGAGACUACAUUUAUUGGUUCCUGAUGGAGAAUGCCAGAGAGUUCGACCUCUACUCCCCCGUCAGGGUGGCCAGGGUUGCACGAGUCUGCAAGCAUGAUCUGGGGGGCUAUAAGACCCUGCAGGGCCGCUGGACGACCUUCCUGAAGACGGGGCUGGUUUGUAAGGAGAAGGGGCCGGGGGGGAGACGCUAUGACGUCCUCAUACACCUGCAGCCCCUGGAGCACCAGGCGGGAGACCCCACCAGCACACACUUCUACGGCCUCUUCACUUCCCAGUGGGGAAGUGAGCUUGUGUCUGCAGUGUGCGUGUUCAGUGUGGCAGUGGUUGACGAGGUGAUGGCGAACAGCCCGUUUAAGGACAUGAAGACCUCCGGGAACACAGCAACUCCUACAGCUAUCCCCUCCCCCCGUCCAGGACUGUGUAUAGGCAGUGAUUUGAGGUCACAGUACAACACCUCCCUUCAGAUGCCAGACCAGGUUCUAACCUUCGCCAAGGAGCACCCCCAGCUGACCCGGCCCGUGGAGGCAGUGCCCCUGCUGGUCAGGAGGGGGGUCACAUACACCAGACUGGCUGUUUGCAAUGUGACCAGCACCCAGGCUGCUAUCCUGUACCUGGGCACAGACCAAGGAGAGCUCCACAGUGUGUCUGUAGUUGGUGGUACUGCCACUCUGCUACAGGAGAUCCCUGUCACAACCUCAGUAGAGCCUGUCAACAACAUCCUUGUGCACCAGGUAGGUCACGCACAUCCACCGCUGCCUCCCUCUCUCCCCCUGUCCCUCACCCUGUGUGUGGUGUUCCAGGGUGGUGUGCUGGUGGGCAGUGCCUCCUCUCUGAGGGCGGUGCAGGUGGACGGCUGCAGAAGCUUCUCCAGCUGUGAGGUGUGUGCCGCGGCCAGGGGCCUGGACUGUGGCUGGAACUCCACCACCAGAGUCUGCAUCACACAACCACCAGGUUUUCCAGAGGCUACUGGGAGCCCUCUGAAUGUGUGUGGGAGAGGAGAGGAUGCUGCCUGUGAGGUUCAGGAGCUACAUGUGAGGCAAGGGGUUAGGCUCCUCCUCCCGUGCACCAGCCUCAGCCUAUCCCCUUCUCCCCCCUGCACCUGGUCCCACCCCCCAGCCCGUCACACCCGCCUCCUUCCCUCCUCCCACCUAGAGGUCGUGGCCUCUCCCUCCAGCCAGGGGAGCUACUCCUGCCACUGCCCAGCCCGCGGUGCCACGUCCCUGGGCUCGUCCGCCUGCCCCACUGCCUCCUACAAGCUGAUCCUGAUCAGUGUGGAAGGCCGCAGUGAGGGUCUACACAGCCAGGCACCCGUAGGUGUGUAUCUGAUCUGUCUCCUCGUGGGGGCGCUGUGUGGAGCCCUGGUCGCAGUCGCUGUCCUCAAGUGGAGGGAGCGGUCCGCCUCCCAACACAUCCUAUUGGUGGAGAGGGACGGGAGGGGCACUGUGGAAACCGGGCAGGGUAGCCAGAAUCCCAUAUGCUAUGCAAAUGAUGUUGGGAUGAAGGACACAGCACCGGGCCAAUGAGAAGUAGAGGUUCUGUAAAGAGGCCGGGG